UGUAACCAACUUAACUAACGGUAAAUAAUAUCUUCGCGGCGAUUAGUAGACUUCGCCCCUUCAUCAGUUCCCUGAUUAAGUAGAAAACCAAUCUUCCAGUGAAUACGCAGAGAAGCUUUGAUCAUCAAUGGCGAGAACAAGAAAUUCAAAGAGCUCAUUCAUCUCACUGAACCCAUCAUUUUUCACUCAUUUACUCUCACUACCCCCAUUCUAUUCCCUCCAUUACUCACCCAGAAAGAACUCAAGAACCACCCAAACGAAUCUCUCCUCCUCCCCAUUUCUAUCUCUCUGUUUCAUCUCUCUCCUCGUUUCCCUCACUUUCUUUGGGAUUUUGCUAUCCGCAUUCACAACCCUUUUCCAGAACUACGUCUCGUGCCCCGAUACUUCAUCUUCUUCUUCUUCUCUGUUCAUAGCCUCUGUUUUGGCUGUUCAAGAUGAACCAAUAACUCUGUCUACCGGAGCAAUGGCGCCGUUACCGGCACAUGGGAUAGUUGGGAACUUUUCCGAGGAGGAGAAAGAGUUCUGGAAACAACCAGAUAAUAAAGGUUACAUGCCUUGUUUGGAUUUCAGUCUCAAGUAUCGAAAAGCCUCUGCAAAGAUUUCUAAAGAGAAGAGGAAAUUUUUGGUUGUUGUGGUUUCGGGAGGAUUGAACCAGCAAAGAAACCAAAUUGUUGAUGCAGUUGUUAUAGCAAGAAUUCUUGAAGCUGCCCUUGUUGUUCCUGUUCUUCAAGUGAAUCACAUUUGGGGAGAUGAUAGUGAAUUUUCGGAUAUUUUCGAUGUUGAGCAUUUCAAGAAGACGUUGAAAGCUGAUGUUCGAAUUGUGGCGUCUUUGCCAUCGACGCAUUUUGUUUCUAAGCAGACUAUUAACCGCGAACUUCCUUUUCAUGUAUCACCACUCUGGCUUAGAGCCAGAUUUCUCAAACAACUAAACGAAGAAGGUUUGCUUAUAUUGAAAGGGUUAGAUUCUAAGCUCUCCAAGAAUCUUCCACCUGACUUGCAGAAACUCAAAUGCAAGGUUGCAUUCCAUGCACUAAGAUUUGCAGCUCCAAUUAGGGAGCUAGGCUAUCAGAUAGCUAGAAGAAUGUGGAUUGAGGGUCCCUAUGUUGCCAUCCAUCUCAGGUUAGAGAAGGAUGUUUGGAUCAGAACCGGAUGUCUUACCGGUUUAGGCAUGCAGUAUGACAGAAUUAUAAGAAGAGAAAGGGCAUCUCACCCUGAAUACCUCACUGGCAAGUUGAACAUGACUCAUGCACAACGGCGACUUGCUGGAAUGUGUCCAUUAAAUGCGUCAGAAAUGGCUAGAUUUCUGAAGGGUUUAGGAGCGCCAAGCCAUGCUCAUAUAUAUGUUGCUGGUGGGGAACCCUUUGGAGGCACACAAGCUAUGCAGCCUCUACAAAAGGAGUUCCCAAAUUUAGUGACAAAGCAUACAUUAGCGCUAAACGGAGAGCUCACUCCAUAUUUGGAAAAAUCUUCUACAUUGGCAGCUAUUGACUACAUUGUGUCACUGAGCAGUGAUGUUUUCAUCAAUUCCCAUGGAGGUAACAUGGGCCGAGCUCUCGAGGGACAUAGGGCAUAUGUAGGACACAGAAAGUACAUAAAGCCAAACAAGAGAAUGAUGCUGCCAUGCUUUGAAGAUUCAUCUAUACCUGAGAGAGAAUUCAAACGGAUAAUGAAGAAACUGCAUAGCAAAAGUCACGGGCAACCUGAGCCAAGGACUAACAAGAUUGAUAGAGAUGUAAUUGCAUACCCUGUCCCUGAGUGCAUGUGUAAGCAAUAACAAUAGACAUAUCUCUGUCUCAACAAGUUUGUUUUAGAAUUGAGGCUAAGAUUUUGUAUGCCAAUAUUCAUACCAUGAGUUUGCUUCAGGGUUGAAUCUUUCCAGUUUACAAAGCUGAAGAAAAAAAGGAUCAUUUCCAGUUUAAU